AGCUGAGCUUGCCGUCAAGUUUAGCCAGCAGAGCACGUAGCUACUGAUUUGCUGCACUGCUGCAGUUCUGGUGGAAUAACCCAGCUAGAUUAAGAUUUGUAUUGCUGGGACAAGGGAGGAAACUGCUGGCAUGGCUGACAAUCUGGAGUUUAAUGAUAUUUAUCAGGAAGUUAAGGGUUCUUGGAACGAUGGGCGUCUACGGUUCAGUAAGCAGACAGUGGUUUAUAAAAACAGUAAGACGGGGAAGGUGGACAGUAUCCCUGUCCCAGAGCUCACUCAGGCCCAGUGGAGGAGAGUCUGCCUGGGACACGGCAUCAAGCUCUGCACCAGCACUGGACACGUCUAUAAAUAUGACGGCUUUAAGGACACGGACUUGGAAAAAAUCUCAGAGUAUUUUAAAGCCAAUUAUAAAGUGGAGCUGGCUGAGAAAGACAUGUGUGUGAAAGGCUGGAACUGGGGAACUGCUAAAUUCAAUGGCCCACUGCUGUCAUUUGAGGUGAGUGACAGCCCUGUGUUUGAGAUUCCACUCUCCAGCGUUUCUCAGUGUGCAACUGGAAAAAAUGAGGUCACACUCGAAUUUCAUCAGAAUGAUGACACAGAGGUGUCCCUCAUGGAAGUGCGGUUUUAUGUCCCGCCCACCACAGCAGAUGAGGGAGCAGACCCUGUGGAGGCGUUUGCUCAGAAUGUUCUUUCUAAGGCAGACGUGAUCCAGGCCACAGGAGAUGCUGUAUGCAUCUUCAGAGAGCUGCAGUGUCUCACUCCCAGGGGCAGGUAUGACAUCCGUAUCUACCCCACCUUCCUGCAUCUGCAUGGUAAAACAUUUGACUACAAGAUUCCUUACACCACGGUACUGCGGCUCUUCCUGCUCCCUCACAAAGACCAGAGACAGAUGUUCUUUGUGAUCAGUCUGGAUCCUCCAAUUAAACAGGGUCAGACCCGUUAUCACUUCCUCAUCUUGCUCUUUUCUAAAGAAGAGGACAUCAAUCUCACCCUCAACAUGAGCGAGGAUGAGGUGGAGAGGCGCUUUGAGGGGAAGCUAAAUAAGAACAUGUCUGGUUCGCUGUAUGAGAUGGUCAGCAGAGUAAUGAAGGCUCUAGUGAACAGGAAGAUCACAGUACCUGGAAACUUCCAGGGUCACUCUGGUGCACAGUGUAUUACAUGCUCUUAUAAGGCCAGCUCUGGGCUGCUGUAUCCUCUCGAGAGGGGCUUCAUUUAUGUUCACAAGCCACCAGUCCACCUGCGCUUUGAGGAGAUCUCCUGUGUGAACUUUGCCAGAGGCACCACAACCACUCGCUCCUUUGACUUUGAAAUCGAGACCAAACAGGGCAGCCAGUACACUUUCAGCAGUAUAGAGAGAGAAGAGUAUGGAAAGCUGUUCGACUUUGUCAAUGCUAAGAAACUCAGCAUCAAAAACAGAGGCUUUAAAGAGGGUAUGAAGGCCAAGGAUGACAUGUACAGCGACUCGGAUGAUGACCAACAUGAUGCCUAUUUGGAGCGUAUGAAACAGGAGGGCAAAAUUCGUGAGGAGGCCAAUGACAGUGACGAUUCAGAGGCUGGCAGUGAUGAAUCAUUUAAUCCUGGAGAAGAAGAUGAUGACAUUGCGGAAGAAUACGAUAGUAAGGCCUCUGCAAGCGAGAGCAGCGGUGAUGAAGCAGACAGUGAUGAUGAGAGAAAGAAGAAACCAGCCAAAAAGGCCAAAAUAGUGAAAGAGAAAAAAACACGCAAGAAAGAGAAAAAGCAGAAGGACAUCGGUGCCCCCAAGAGGCCCAUGAGUGCAUACAUGCUUUGGCUGAACUCGAGCAGAGAGCGCAUUAAGGGGGAAAAUCCUGGAAUCUCUGUAACUGAGAUUUCUAAGAAGGCUGGCGAGAUGUGGAAGCAACUAAGUAAAGAGAAGAAGGAGGAGUGGGAUGGAAAAGCAGAAGAAGCUAAAAAAGACUAUGAGCGAGCGAUGAAGGAGUACAGGGAGAGCGGAGGAGGCUCAGCAAGCUCCUCAAAAAAGGAAAGGAAGAAGGCGGCGAAGAGUGAGAAGAAAAAGAAGAAGAAAUCGGGCAGAGGGAAGGAGAGAGAGAAGGAGAAGCCAAGCGGGAACGACAGCUUUAAGAGCCGGGAGUUCAUCUCCAGUGAGGAGAGUUCAUCAGAGUCCGACCGGGGCAAAGGUCGCAAACGCAAAGGCUCGGAUGUUGAAGAAGAAGCAAUGAGCACUCCACGUAGCUCAGAGGAUUCAGGCUCAGACUGAGAGAAACACCGGAUAAUGAUUGAGAGUGAGGAUAAUGUUUGACUGCGUUACACCUGGUCACUUCAUGCACCUUAGUUAUUAGGAUCAUGAUUUUAAAUGUAAGAUUAAUUAAAAACAUACAAAAGAUACAAAUCCAGUAUUUAUAUCAACCAACAGAUGUUUUCUCAUCAGCAUGGACUGCCAAAGCUGUUGCCUUACGCCAAGUUACACCAAAAUAUUCACUGUGGCAAAUUUCAAGGCAGUAACCAUUGUUAACACAGUAAUAUGCAAAUUUGCAUAUUCUGUAUCACACCCCAAACAGAUUUCAGUUUAAAUAAUCACAGUUGCAUUUGUUUCCAAGUAUAAAUCCAUGUGGUAAAAAUCUUAUUAGAAUGCAAUCCAGAUACCAGUCACAUUAAGUCACAUUAAGUGACCAGGUGUAAAGAUCUGUUAUUAUUCUUUUGUGACACUUCUGUGUCUCCCCGCAGUAUUGCCUGAUUUUAUUAUUAAUUUUAUAUGUAUAUGAUUCUCUUCUGCAUAGAUUCAUACAUAGUAUUACUAUCUACACAAUGUUUAAAUUAAUUCUACAGUUUCUGGCACAGACAUUUUGUCACAUGUUCAAUAGUACAUGUAUGUAAUGCCAGUUAAAUCAUAACAUCAGAUUUGUUAUCAUCCGCAAAUGUGCUUUCACCUCGUUGUUGAUGAUUGUCUUUAGAACAUAUGAAGAUGUCAGUGUUUUCAAUCACUGUAAAAAAAAUGCUGCUUAUUUGAUAAAAAUUACAUUGUGUUCUGGUGUUCAUCAGUGCUGUUGCUUAGCUGUUGUAGCAUACAUCAAAUAGUAUCUUUGGCUUUGGUGGAUGCUUAACUGUAUAACAUAACUUUAAUAAUCUGUAUCAUUUUAUAGAUGCAUAAUAAUCUGUAGCUUCAGACAGUGUUUUGCAGUUGUUCAGAUACACUACACUUCUCUGCAGCCUCUGGGUAGCCGCCUCUGAGUAUAAAGCAAAGUUGCCAAUAAAAAACUAUUUUAUGUAAGUA